UACGUACUCAGUCGGUCGGUUAGUGUCUUCAGUUGUCCAUAAGUUGACCAGGUUCGUUGCUUUAUCAGCUCAAAUCUCCGCAAUUCUGUAACGGAAUGCGCUAAAGUUGGUGUUCAAGUGAUCUUUGGGCUACCCAUAGCAGCUAAUUAGUAAAGACUCCCUGUGAUAUGUCCAAAUCAGACCGUUUUAUGAGAUUUUUUUCUUGACCCAACAAGUGAUCGGUUUCACUGAUUUGAGGACCAUUAUUUUUGUUGGCUUAUGCUGUCGGUUGGUGUGAGUGAAAUGCGAAAGAGUUCGGUUACCUGUUGCACAAACAUAAGCUCAAAGGAUCGUCGCGGUUGUUCCAAGUGAUGGUGGUGGUUCCUAUCGCACGUGUUUUGUUUAUGCUUUGGUCUAGCGGCCUGUAGUCUGCGUAUUGCGUAAGAAGCCGAGACGCCGAUCAAAACAUAAAAACGUGAUCGCUCCUUAGCGGGCACAAGAACGUGCUUAGUUGUUUACUCAUUUUGUUUACGCGUCUACGAAAUCAGGUGAACGUUCCAAAGCGGCGGUCGGUGAGAGUAAAGCUUCAUCGAAAAUUAUUUUGAGACUACCAACGGUAAGGAAUUUCGGUUGAAUGAAAUACGAAAUCAGCUAUCACAGUGACUCUGAGAAGAUGGGAAGCCGUGCGCAGUCUGUAAUCUGUGACAAGGUGCUGGCUGGAUUGCCACAGCUGUUGGAUGAUUUGCAGAAACUAUCGGAAGAUCAGGAUACAGCGGAUGUGGUGUUCAUUCUUGGGACGGGCGAGGAAAGGAUCUUCGCUCAUCGGAUCAUUUUGAUGGCAAGGUGCAAAUCCUUCCAAACUCAAAAACGUGGCGAGAUAUGUCGAAUACCGGGAUGCUCGGUACUUCCCGCUGCCCCUGGAACACCCACACCAAUCCGACUGCCACACAUCGAACCGGACAUCUUUCGUCAGUUUAUUCUUUACGUGUACACCGCGAAGAUUAUGCUACAGGACUCCAAAGUCUUUGAAAUGAUGACUUUAGCACAGGAUCUGGGCGUUGACGAGCUCAAGAUCGCCUGCGAAGAACACGUGAAGACCACCAUGUCGGUUGCCAAUGCAUGUACAUUUCUCGCUGCCGUCAUGGAAAUCCAGGAGAAAGCUUCAGGUGCAAAGUUUGCCCCGCCGUUCCUGGAGAAAUGCAUCACCUACAUCGCCGAGAACGCAUCGGAAUGUGUGAAGACCAAUGCAUUCCUAAAUUUGACCAAGGAGGGCCUGAUCCAAGUCAUUUCCUAUGAUAAUCUUGGCCUGGAGGAAGAAGACGUGUGGCGUUGUGUCCUAUCGUGGGCCAAAAACCAAGCCGGAGUGACCCAACCCACGGCUCACUGGACCGAGGAGGAACGUCAACGUGUCUGCCAACAGUUAGCCCCAGUUAUUUCCCACGUCCGUCUCUUCCUGAUCGACAGUCAGGUGUUUGCCGAAGAGGUUGAACCCACCGGAGCCGUCCCGAUCGAACUUUCCCUGGAACGAUAUCGCCGUGCUGCUCUGCAUUCCAACAAACUUCCACCAUCGGCAGUGCCAAUCCCGGCAGGGCCAUUGGCCGAGAAUGACAAACGUCUGCAACCGAGGUUGAUGUUGAACUUGUUCCACGGAUCGACGAUUCUCAAAAACGACAAAAUUCACAUGCAAGGAACACUCAACGGAUUCUACGGAGCUGCGAAACAAACUUGGCGCUUAGUUUAUCGUGCUUCCACCAAUGGGUUCUCUGCUGCAUCGUUUCACCGGCACUGCGAUGGAGUCGCGCCGUUGUUCAUCAUCGCUUUGGGAACUCAAGGAGCCAUUAGCGGAGGUUUCACGGAUGUGGCAUUUGCCAAAACGAAUCGCAAGGGUGGUUACAUUCACUCCGAGAAGGCGUUUUUGUUUGCCUUGAACUACAACAACGAUCCACCGAUGAAGUUCGACAUCGUUAAGAAACCCUACGCCAUCUGCUACCAUCCGGACUGUGGACCAAUUUUCGGUGCGGGAGCUGAUCUGCUGAUCUCGAACAAUUGCAACGUGAACAUGGAGUCGUAUUCUAACUUUCCUCACUCGUACGAUGGACCGAAUGCCGUCUUUGGAAACCUGUUCGGUGAGUACAAUUUUUCGAUUGCCGACUACGAGGUGUUUACAUUGGCACCCUCGGCAGCACCGUCCGGGAUGAAAAUGAAACAUGAUCGAUAUCCUUGAAAUGAUGACUGAUUGCAAUGCUGUUACAGGUAAGUUAAUUAGUUUUGUCUAAGAAGUGUAGUUAAAUAAUACGCUUGAUGGAAUUUCAGAAUAGCAUUUUUAUAGGGUUUAAGUACUCAUAAUGGCAAUAGAAUAAUUUGCUCAAA